AAGAGGCUUCUACGCGAUUAUCGUCGAUCUUUAUUCUGGAAACAGUAGUUAUAUAGAUAUAUGACGCCCCGGCAGCGAGAGGGACGGGGGCGACAAAUAUUUGGGUUGAAAACUAAUUCCGAGAUUAUAAAACAUCCAGGGUCUCCAUUCUCCAAACAAAAAAAACGAAAAGAAGCAAAAAAAGGAGCCGCGCUCUGUUGUCCGCGGUAGCAAUCAAAUGGCUUCCCCCAACUUCUAGGGUUUCGGAGGAAACCCUAGUAGGAUGCCGCUCUUCUUCCCCUCGAUCCGAUCUUCCCGACCUCCAACGAACGCCCCGACCCCCAUGGAUCUCGCGCUGAAAGCCUCGUUUCUCGGUCGACCAGCAAGAUUUGGAUUCGGCCACCACCACAAAGCUUCGCUGUUGACUGAAUUCAAUCGGAGUCGUAGAGUCCCCUGUCGGAUCUUUGCUAGAAUUCUGUCGCCGCGUUUCCGCUCGCUAUCAGUUCAAGGAUGCGAUAGUUCGCAUUUGCCUAGUAUUUUGAGUGCCGAGGCUUGUUCGAAGAAUGAUGCACGCGAGGUGUUUGCUGUCGAUCAGAAUGUGAGAUGCAGGAUCGGUUUUGUUGUGACUGCGAUCGCCUGUGGGCUAUUUGUGGUGAGGUGCCAAAGUGUUCUGGCUGCGGAAGGUGUCGCGGGUGCAGGGGUUGGGGUUUUGAGAUCGGGUCGAACGAUUGUUGGUGGUUUGUGGCCGAAGCUGAUGCAGAUUCUUCAAGUGUUGAAAGAGCAGGGCUUGGUUCUGGCGGCGCUGUUGGGUCUUUCCGCAUUUUUUUCCAUGGCAGAGACCUCGAUCACAACACUGUGGCCGUGGAAGGUUCGUGAGUUAGCUGAAAAAGAGCAUGAGAGUGGUGUCUUCAGAAUGCUUUGCAGUGAUGUUACUCGUUUCCUGACCACCAUUCUUAUUGGCACAACUGUGGUCAAUAUUGGUGCAACUGCACUUGUGACAGAAGCAGCAACAACAAUUUUUGGUGAAGCUGGUGUUAGUGCAGCGACAGGAGUUAUGACUGUUGCUAUUUUGCUACUUACAGAAAUCACUCCAAAAAGUGUGGCUGUUCAUAACGCCACAGAGGUUGCUAGGUUUGUUGUAAGGCCGGUUGCAUGGCUUUCCUUGGUCUUGUAUCCAGUUGGAAGAAUUGUCACUUUUCUCUCAAUGGGAAUUUUGAAGAUGCUAGGUCUGAAAGGUAGAAGUGAACCAUAUGUCACUGAAGAUGAAUUGAAAUUGAUGUUACGAGGAGCAGAGCUAAGUGGGGCAAUAGAGGAAGAAGAACAGGAUAUGAUUGAAAAUGUGCUAGAGAUAAAAGACACCCAUGUCAGGGAGGUGAUGACACCAUUGGUCGAUGUAGUUGCAAUUGACGCUAGUGCAACACUUGCUGAUUUUCAAAAAUUAUGGGAGACUCAUCAAUACUCUAGGGUACCUGUGUUUGAGGAGCGUAUUGAUAAUAUUGUGGGAAUUGCAUAUGCAAUGGAUAUGCUUGAAUUUGUUGAAAUGGUUGAGAAGCUAAAAGAAAUUACUGUCAGAGAGAUUGCACACAUGCCCACAUACUUUGUACCUGAUUCUAUGUCUGUGUGGAACUUGUUGAGAGAGUUUCGUGUAAGGCAAGUUCACAUGGCUGUGGUCCUGAAUGAAUAUGGAGGAACUAUUGGUGAGGAGAUCACGAAGAAAACUGGUUAUAUAGUGAUGCGAGAGGAUGGAACAUUUGAUGUAGAUGCAAAUACAUCAAUUGAUCAGCUUUCUGAAGAGCUGAAUGUCAAAAUACCUGAGGGUCAUCAGUAUGAGACUGUAUCAGGUUUCGUUUGUGAGUCAUUCGGAUAUAUACCAGAAGAAGGUGGGAAUAUGGUUGUGGUACUUGAGAAGGCAAACAAAGGAGAGAACAAUGAAUAUGGUGACACAACAUCUGAUCACCAAAAUGAGAAGGAAAAACAUCAAACAUUUGAACUUGAGAUAUUGGAAGCAAACGCUAGAAAGGUUGGUAAAGUCCGCUUCAAACCAAUAAAAGGUGAAUAUGUAAAUAUGGAGAAUGAAGGCAUAAAUAGUUUGGUUCCCACCAACGUCAUGAAACGGAAGAACCAGAGUGGUAGUGAACCAGAACUGAGCAGCCAUGGAGACUGUGAAAUGGAUGCAGGCAACCAUGGUGAAAAAACAGAACAACAGGAACAUGGAUACUCUGAUGAGGUCAUAAUUGUCCAGGAGGCAUUGGAAGAGUCCCACAGCUAUGCCAUUGAUAAAAAAGCAGAUGAUCAUGAUUGUAAUACCCAACAAUAAUUACAUUGCACCUCAAACACUAUCAGUUCUUGCAACACAGGGGAAAAAGAACUUGGAAAUAUAAAAAGAACACCAUAAGACUGUCAAAAAUGCAGAGGAAAAAAAGGAGGCGAGUCAACAAACAUGUAGGCUUGCUUACAGGUGAAGAGUGGUGUCAACACCUGUUUCAUUGGAAUUUUGAGAGGCAUGCAUGCCCUUGUUAUGCAGUAAGCCAAUGGAAAGCGAGGUCUCUAAGGCCUGGAUUUCUGAGUGGUCACCAUAGGAGUCGAGCUGAAGGGAUGGAGACCCGACGUGUAGGGGCCUGGAAGGUUGUAUCAACUCAGGAUGGAAAAAGCACUUGGCUUGCUCGCAACGAGUUCUUUGACUUGCUUGUUCAGCUUCAGCAAAUAUUCUCAGGAGUUCCUUCUCUUUCCUCAUCUCCUUGUUUUUCUGUAGUUGUCUGAAUCUCUCUUGCAACAGAGCAAGGGACGACGAGUAGAGGACUGUGGUGCCAUUGGUCUGGCUGCCCCCCAUGGGAACAGUCAGAAUUAAGAUUGAUGGUGGUGUAUGAGUUUCUAGGAAGUUAUCAGAGGGUGGCUUUGAAUUUAUAGCAGGUAGGUGUUUGUCUU